GACAGUCGUGGGUUGGGUCGUUCACAUCGGUUGCCGCCCGCCAACCCUCCCGACGAUAAAGCAGAUCGACGCGUCCUCAUCUCCGCGCCUGAAAUUCGCUUCCAAGUCUCCCCCUCCGUGCAUCUAUUUAUUCGAUCCAUAAGAAAGCCAUGGCCAAGCGCAACGAGUGUCCAAACUGCCAGUUUUCUCUCGUGGAUGCCGCCACGGGAGCAUGCAAAGUAUGCGACUUCAUCCAGAACAAACAGCGGACCCGGCCCUGCACAGCAUGCGGAAAGGCCAAUUGCCAAUAUUUUUGCGACACCUGCGGCAACGGAUACCACCGGCGAUGCGCCGAGAAGAACAAAGUACGCAUCUCACCCCUCGACGACGACAAUGAAGUGUCCGUGGUGUGUCCGUCGUGCGAAAAAGACGACGGUGGGGCCGAAGUGACGUGUGGCGGGUGUCGCAAGGAAUUUACCAACGAAGACGCGGGGCUGCAAGUCGGCCAACUCGUGCUUGUCGAGUUUGAAAUGGUGCUGUACAAUGCCGUGGUGAUGGAAGUAAACGAGCCCGAGACGAGCGUGAAAAUUCACUUUGUCAAGUGGAGCAAGAGCUUUGACGGGUGGUACAAGAUGGACGACGAGCGCGUGAACGAGAGCUUGGCGUGCGACGGGUGCAACCGAUGGUUCCACAUCAACUGUCUACCCGAGGUGAAGAGCACAGGGCGGUACAAAGCCGCGUCCUACGUGUGUGAAUCGUGUUUCAAGGAAGCCAAGAUGCAUCGAACGAGUUCGAAAUCGGCAAAAUCCGUCGUCAUUCCCGUCGAACCCACGAAACAACCAUCGUCUCGAUCUCGAUCGUCGCGAAAGGCGCUCGUGGUGUCGGAAGACGAAUCCCACGAUGACGACGACAACAACGGUGACGACGAAGGCGAUGAUGCCGACGACGACGACACGAUCGUGCUGUCGCCGUCGUCGCUCGUGCAAUUACCCGAACUCCCCAAGCGAAAAGUCGGGCGGCCGUCGCACAAACAGCUCGAAGCCGAACGGCUAGCGUUGGCAAAGCGAAAGGCGAUGCUCAAGUCGUUCAAGGAGCCGUCGAGUCCAUCCACAUCGUCCUCGACGACCAAAGAGCUUGACACCAAGACCGACAAGAAGAAGGAGCGACCAUCUGGGCCUGUCGACCCGCCACCGGCCGCCUCGCGUGUGGCCAAAUCCCCUCGGCUCCGUGGCGCCGCCAAGUCGAUUCCCCCACCACCUCCAUCGACCGAAAUGGAAACACAAGUCGCCCGAACAUCGUCGCCCAAGCGAAAGGCACCGACAGGUCGAAGCAGCACCACCCCUCGCACUGGCGCGUCGCCCCCGAAACGUCGUCCCAGUGCGCCUGUUCCCUCAAAUCGAAACCCGUCGAAACCAUCGAAACCACAACACCGUACGGCUCCAGCUGCGACACUGGCGAAGUCGCCGUCACCGUCUCCCAUCGCCACAGAUGACGAUAGCGAUAGCGGCCACAGCAGCGACACGAGCACUGGCAACGGUAGCAGCGGGGAAUCCGAUCAUCACCAAGACCCCCCUCUCCAACAGCCACCGGCGAAGAAGCCCAGAGGAAGCCAGACCACCGUCCCCCCGCCCGAUACUCCCGCUGCCCCCGUGGCCUCGUCACUCCCGCCUCCGUCGGUGGCCACCGCCACUACCGCUCUCAUCCACCCUCGGCAUCCGCACGGGUCGCUCAUGUCGGCUAAACCAUCUGCGAACAACAGCAAGCUCAUUUUGCUCUCGACGCUGCUCAAUUCGCCACAUUAUGACAAGCACAACAACCAGGAAAACUACCCGCCGCUGCUGCACCUGCAAGGCCGCAACCGGCUCGACAUUUUGCAAGACGUGGUGAGCCAGAGCAUCACGUCGUCGGCGCCGCCGCCACCUCCGCCGCCGGCGUCCCCCCCGCCGCCGCUUCCGCCCGGCCCCGCGCCACCCGCCGUGUCGUUGCGGCCGGCCGCGUCGGAGACAGGACUCGACUUUGACAUGCACUUUAGCCUCCGCGAAGAAAUGUACAGACUCGUAUGCGACUUGGAAGAAGGCGGCCAUGUGCUGCGAGACACGGCCACCCUCUUGCGCGCAUGGACACACCCGACGGCGCCGCGCUUCCAGGACAUGCGCUUUGUGUACCUUGUCAACAAACACACAAGUCACGAGCUACUGGCGCGUCGACUGGGUGAACUCACAACCAAGCCACUGCCAAGUGGUCACGCCAGCAGUAGCACAUCGUCGCAUCACCCGACCCACCACCACCACCACCACCAUUCAGGAUCAACAGCAACAUCUGCUCAUAACCAGCAUCCGCUUCACCACACUCUAAGCAUGCAGCCAAAGCAGCAAUCGGCCCGUUCGUUUGACUCGUACAACAUCGUGUAAUUAUAAAUUAAUUAGUAAAUACCAAGGAUAUGUAUAUAUAUAUAUAUUCAGUCGUGAACACCA